AUGCAAGAAAGAUUAAAUGCGGUUUCAACAACAAUUGAUGCUCGCCGUGGCAGACACCCCAUUACUCGUGUUCGCGGCACAACAAAUGGUGCAGCAGCUGCGUCAAUACAAGCUGCAAAUGUUGCACCAAGAGCAGCGUCACCAGCAGCAGGACGCACUGUAGCAGCGACUACACCGGCGACGUCAGCAGCAGCUGCAGCAGCACUGGCAGCAAGAACGGCUCUGAGAGCAGCAGAAACACCACCACCAGCAGCAGGGACGGCAGCUGCAGCGUCUCCAAACGCAGCGACACCACCACCAGCUGCCACAGCAGCAGCAGCAGCAGCAGAUGCAAUCAUUGCAAAUAAAGAUGUACAGGCAGCAUCGUUGCUACUGCACCGGUGGGAGCAGCAACGAGACCAGUUGCUGGUGACCAGCUGGGACGCCUGGGCAGCAGCAGUUGGGGUUUCUGUGCAGCAGCUGCAGCAAAUUGUGCUGCUUGCGCAUGUACGAGAACCUUCGUCGCAGCAGCACAAAGAACGAAAGAAACGUCAGAGCGCUGCAGCAGAUGCAGGUGCCAGUCCUCCUGCUGCUGUUGCUGACGGGGAGAGCCAAAGUAGCAGCGGCAGUAGCAGUAGAAGCAGCAGCAAAUACGACACAAUCACCUGCCCUAGCGGGGUUCUCUCUGCUGAUGCUUACGAGUUGUUGCUGCAGCUGCUGCGUGCAGAGGGUGCGCUGCUGCAGAAGGGACCACAGGGUGCCGAUUUGCUGAGGCUGCAGCGCCCUCCAACGGUAGGGGAAUGGGCUGCUGCUGCUGCUGCAGAUGCACAAGCAGCAGAAGCUGCAGCUGUUGCUGAGGCUGUCACUAGUGGGUCGGCUGAUGCAGACCUCGGAAACGUACCAGCAGCAGCGGCAGCAACAGAAGUAAUAACAGCAGCAACACCAUCAGGAAACGAGUUGGUGCAUGCACGGCCAGAUCUAUCAGCAGCAGAAGUGCAGCAGCGGGAGGUCCUUCAUAAGCAGUUAUCUGCAUUACAUUCUCUGGUGUCUUGGCAGCAGCGGCAACUUGCUGCCGCUGCUGGUCCUGUCGUUAGACGGUUCCACAACACUUCUUCUGCACGCCAGGAGAUGCGCGUUGCAGCAGUAGACGGUGCAGCAGCAGCAACAGCAGCAACAGCAUCAACAGCAGCAACAGAAGGAGAUGCGCUUCUGCUGGUAGCGAUGAAGAGUGCUCGCGAAUGCCUGAAGAAGUAUGCAACAGAUGCCAUGCACUCCAGAUAUCUUGCUGCUUCUGCUCCACCAGCUGCUGAUCCUGCUGCUCUAACUGUUGCUGCAGAGCCCUCGGCGGCAAUUGAUCAAGACGAAACCAGCAAUAGCAGCAACGACAGCAGCAACGGCGAAAGCAGCAGCAGUGGUUCCAAGAGGGGCAGAAAGAAGAGCAGCAGCGACAGCAGCAGCAACAGCAGCAGCAUCGUCGCUCCCCAUUGGGGUUUAUACUGGCAGUGGAUGCAGCAGGGAAUGGUACAGUGGAAUCGGCAGCAGCGGGUGUCUUUUGAGUUGCCUGCGAGCUGGUUUACUGCUGCUGCUGCAGCGCGUGCUGUGCAGCAUCAGCAGGAGCAGGAAGAGCUGCAGCAGCAGCAGGAAGGUGUUAUUACUGCUCCGGGCAUGGAUCGCGAAAAGCCAACCAAAGUUGGGGACCUUCUAGAGUCCGAUGAGACACAGCGAGACGAGGAGCAGCAGCAGCAGCACAUAGCAGCAGCAGCAGAUGAAGUGUGGCGGUUUGCAGCUGAUCACUUGACCCCCGAGCAGCUGCAGGCGCUUAAGCAUGCAGCAGAAAACACAGACAGCCUGAAUGCGCAUGAACAGCUGCAGCGCAACACGUUGCUGCAGCAGGCGGUUCAACGCCUGCGAGAGGCGGAACUCAAGCGGGUACAGCAGCAUCAGCCAGGCGAAGAAUCGGCUGCUACUGAAGUAGAUCCUGAGCAGAAGCAGCAGAUGCUCCUUGAGCAUAGCCCCUUACUGCAUCUGGUUCGACAGGCGUACUGCUCCUAG